AUGAGAAGCAAAGAAACAACAACAACAACAACAGUCAUCGCUAACGAAGCUGUAACCGCCGGGAUCUCUGGCAGCACUACUAGCAACAAUAGUAAUAAUAACAACAAUGAUACUAAUAACAUCAACAAUAACAUCAACAACAACAGCAGCAGCAGCACAAACGCACUAAACAACAGCAAAACAAAAUUUAAAACUGCCGAAAUAAUUGACCGUCCUAGAACCCCGCCCCCAACGGGCCCCAUUAUCGAACUACGCAGCCGAGAAGUCAUCUUUGCCAUUUUGAUCUUCUUCCUCUUAGCCGUAGUCACGGGUUUGAUUGUGGUUCUUAGUUCCUACCAGAUGAAAAAUUUGUCGAUGACGGUUGGCGAUGCAAGACCGGUUGAGAAGAGGGGUGAGAAAAAGCAGUUUUGCCAGAAUACAGGCUCGUCUAGACGCAUGGACUUCAGCGCACACCCCUGCGACGACUUCUGGAAAUAUUCAUGCGGUCGAUUCCUUGCUGAAAACAAAAUUCCGGAAGGAAAAGGAUCCAUCGGGCUCGAUGACAUGGCCAUAAACCAGACGAAACGAAUAAUCGAAACGGUCAUUCGGUCGGAUAUUGCCGACAAUCACCGAACCAACCCCGACUCUGCGGUCAGAAAGAUGAAACAGUUUUACGAUACUUGCACUCUGGGAAACAAAACGAAGUUGAAAAAAUUUGACGGCCUGAUGAAACACGCUGGAACCUGGUUGAAAUAUGACAAAGAAAUAAACGUUCAAAGGAUGCUGACUCUGCUAAUUAUUGAGCUUGACUUGCAAGCACUGUUCUCUAUGGCCAUCACAAAACAAGCUUUGGUCAAAGAUACCAACAUAAUCAUGGUUAAUUAA